CACGUCACUGAGUGACCGCCGUCGCGCGCAUCCCUGGGAUACUCCGACGUGUCUGUCCACAAAACCGGCUGCUGGAGAAGAAAAUAAAAUAAGGCAUUAUAACCGGUGACACAGAGCGGGGAUCAUGGGGGGAUCGCAGAGCGUGGAAAUUCCCGGAGGCGGUUCGGAGGGUUAUCACGUUCUCAGGGUGCAGGAAAAUUCACCUGGACAUAGGGCAGGUCUCGAACCCUUUUUUGACUUCAUUGUGUCCAUCAACAACACCAGACUGAACAAGGACAAUGACACGCUGAAAGACAUACUGAAGGCUAGCGUUGAGAAGCCUGUGAAGAUGCAGGUGUACAGCAGCAAAACCCUGGAGCUGCGGGAAGCCACUGUUACCCCGAGCAACAUGUGGGGUGGUCAGGGUCUUCUGGGGGUCAGCAUUCGCUUCUGCAGCUUUGAGGGAGCCAAUGAGAACGUCUGGCAUGUUUUGGAAGUGGAGCCAAAUUCUCCUGCAGCAUUAGCAGGUUUGAGACCACACACAGACUACAUCAUCGGAGCAGACACAGUCAUGAAUGAGUCAGAGGACUUGUUCUCAUUGAUAGAAACCCAUGAGGGCAAAGGCCUGAAGCUCUACGUCUACAACACUGACACCGACAACUGCAGAGAAGUGGUCAUUACACCCAACAGUGCCUGGGGCGGAGAGGGCAGCCUUGGCUGUGGGAUUGGAUACGGCUACCUACACAGAAUCCCAACACGACCCUUUGAAGAGGGCAAGAAAAUCAGUUUCCCCGGACACACCCCCAGUGAGCCUGUGAGCCCGCUGAAGGACGGUUUUACAGAGGUUCAGCUGUCUGCAGUAACUCCAUCCCCCGUGUCACAGCCUGUUCCUACAGGCCUUGAGGACAGCCUGUCUGGCCUGUCACUCGGCUCUGCCCCGCCCACAAUUCCCAGCGAGCUCCACACAGGUGUUCCCACAGUCCCCCUGCUGCCCACUCAUGUGACCCCCGGGCUGGGUAACCUCCCACUCAUCAACCCCUCCACCAAUGGACCAGGUCUGAUGUCCUUACCAGCUGGCCUCCCUCCUCUGCCAAACCUGCCAAACCUCCAGAACCUCCCAAACCUCAAUCUCCCUUUACCAGACCUCAGUGCUGUAUCGUUAGCAGGAAUCAGUGGGUUACCUCCUACUACAGCAGGUUUCCCACCUCUCCCUCUAAACCUGCCUGGCAUCUCUCCUCUGCCCAUGCCCUCCGUUCUUUCCUCCACGCUUCCCAGCAUGCCAGGCGUCACGCUGCCCUCUCCGCUGGCACCGUCUGACCUCGUACCGCCCGUCUCCAUAUCGACAGAGCAAACGCCAGCGCUCAUAAUGGAUGCCACGCCCGUCAAAGACACGCUCUCAGAGAUGCCCGUUUCCACCGAGACGACGUCCCCAGCAGAGUCCUCGUAACGCCCAGAGCCUGACCCUCUGUAUGUCCCUGAUGUAUUUAUUCAGUACAACAAGAUUCCAGUGUGAAAACAAACACACACAGAGACCGCCACAGUUCUGAUGAGAGACGCCUGAGAGAAUUGAGCAUUUGUAUGUACAGACAUCUAACAUUAAGAAUGCCUUUAAUAAAUAAAGAUGACUGGUGUAUAUCUGGUUUGCGCUCUCCUCAGAAACAGUGUCGUCUCUUGCUUUUUCUUUCUGUAUAUCCUGUAAUCAACGUUAGUAUAGCAUUCCCUGUAAUUACCAAUUGCUAUGUGAUUUUACAAUGUAACGUCUGACUUUUUUUUGUUUUAUUCCUCCAUUUCUUUGCACCACGGUUGUUUCGAAUGCUUCGGUUUCCUCAGUGGUCAGACUGGGCCUCUGUUUCCCUCUCUUGCUCACACGCUCGCUGUAAGAUCGCUCCGUCGUCAAGAUGAAUGCAAACACGGAUAGAAAUGUGCUGCAGAGCUGAAUGUGCGCUUGUGCAGUUUGAAGAUUGUGAAGGAUUCUACGGUUCAAACAUACACAAGCAAUAAACUACCCUGUUUUACACUA